AUGGGAAUUGGACAAGUGGCAGUAGCGGCUCUAGUUGGUGCAGUAGCAGGCGCGGGUGCAGCAGCACAGUCUUUACGGGAGCAACAUGGGACGGCGACAGUGGGCAGCAACGGGCGCCACAGGAGGGGGAGGAAGGGGAGAGGGGGGGGGACGAAGGGGGGGCGCAACCGGGUUGCGACGGGGAGAGGGGAGGAGGGGGGGGCUCGAUGGGCGCAACGGGAGCAGCAACAGGGGACGGGGGCCGAGACAGGGGUCCACGGCGACCAGCAGGCUGCGGUGGUCGCUCGAGAGGGAGGCUGCCAUAGGACAAUAAAUAUAUAA